ACCCACUACUCGGUUAUCGGUGCAUCACCCGUGGCUCGGUCGCUUAGACAACAAAUUUUGUAACUAACAAUAACACUCCCCUCCCCAACAAUUUGUCGCAAAUUGACGCUGAUUGGGCAUCGGCAAUAGCACAGAACAAUAAUAGUCCUUGUGGCGCUGUACUCGCAGGUGUUCAGUUUCAACGUGACAGUGUUCAGUGUUCACUGCUUUGAAUCUGUCGAUGCCGGUCACGAAUUCAAAGUUUUAAAUCACUAACGAGCUUCACUGAGAUCAGUAGGUGUCCGUUCUGCGUGGUCCUCCGAUUACCAAUCAUUCGUCAUUCAGUGAUUCUGGAUAAUCAUCCAGUCGUUAUCCCCCCGUUCCCGAUUUCGACAUCGUGAAAGAUUGAUUGUUUUGUUUUUGAAAUACUUCAGUUAUUAAUAUGAACAUUAACUUAUACACCUUUAUAUGUUAAAAUUACGUCUUGUAUCAACACAUUUCCUAAAACAACCAUAAAGCAUUAAAAUGUGCCGUGAUUGGGAUAUGGUUAUUUAAAUUGUAUACAUUUGAGUUAUAAAACUGUGUCAAGCUGUUGAAAUUACUGCAGUGGUUUGCAGGAAUUACCCAGAGUUUGAAUUGCAUGAAAAUGAAACUAACUUUGUGUUGUAAUGAUACACAUAUGCUUAGUAAGCAGGUUGAAACAAAGUUUGAGAUGUUAUUAGAAGAAUAUAAUUCAGAAAAAUUGAUUUUGAUUGGUAUGCCAUUGGAAAAAUUGCCAUUGAAUUGUGACGGGUUACCACUUAUUGUAGAAAAUAUAAAUGAUUAUAUAAUUGAUAAUGGGUUAUAUGAAGAAUACUUAUUUGAUGAAACAUAUUCUGCUAAUGGACGUAAAGCCAAUAUUAUUAGUGCUUAUGAAUUAGUAAGUGGUUCAAGAAAAAGCUGUAAAACAAUAGUGGAUUUUGAUGCAGUAGAUGUUGCAUCAGUAUUGGUUAUGUGGCUAUACUACUUACCAGAACCAUUGAUAUCUUCAAAACAAUUCUCAAUGAUUUGUGAUCUUAAUGUCAAUAAAAAGAAAAGUGAAAUAAUCAGUUCCAUGGACAAUUUAAACAGACUAACUUUACAAGGAAUAAUGAACAUUGUAGAUUCUUAUGAGAAGCAACACCCGUCAUAUAAGGAGAAACUUGGAAAUCUUUUUACACUGCUUUUAACCAAACAUGCUGAUAUUAUUAGCCAAAAUAAUUCAUCACAGUUCUUAAACAAUUUAAAGAUUGUUUUGAUGGAAGCAAAAAUGAAUAAUGACAAAUAUAAUAAUAUGUUCAAUAAAAAUUCUUUGGAAAUCAAAUCAAAUACCAAUCAAAAUUAUAAUGAUUUUCAUAAAAAUAAUCUAUGUAACAAGAAGAAUUCAUUUCGCAGGUCGUUGAGUGAUGAUGGAUUACAUAUGAAAGCUGAUGCGGAUGAUGUUGAUGAAACAGUGAAGAAAUGUUCAACUUUGAUUAAAUCAUGUAGCUGUAACCUGACUGAAUUCAUUUCAGAGGAGGAUAUUCAUUACAAUAAUACGUUUAAAAAUGAUUCAUCUUUUGAUAAGAACAAUUUAAAUACUAAACCAGUCGAUAAAUUAUCUGAUGAUAAUUCUUAUGAUAGUUCCAUUUGUGUAGUUAAUGAGAUAUAUAGUAGCCAAAUUGAUGAUAUGAGAAGUAUAGAAAGGACCAUGCAGAUUCAUUCCAGAAGUACCAUAAAAAGAACCAAAAAUAAAUCUAUUAAAAGUCAUGUAGAAAGAGUCUUGAAGUCAGGAUUUUUAUCAAAUGAAGAGAGUUUGUUAUUGAAAAACACAUUAGAACUUAUGAAAAUACUAUCAAAAAUUAAAAACGUUCAAAAUCAAAUUAACACUCAAAGGAGAUAUAGAGAGGAUGAAUUUAGUUGUGAAAAUGAAAAGACCUGCAAACGUUUAUCAGAAUUACAUUUUUUUAACAACCGCCUUGAACAAUUAGUCAAUCAAAAAAAUAUUUAUUUAAUGAAAACUGGAUUAUCAUAUGGUAGAUCAUACAACCGCACAGUUUUGAAUCUCAAGAAUGCCCAAAAAGAAGCUUUUAAGUUAUAUGAAAACGAAAAAAAUAACAAGAAUAAUCAAAACAAAAACUUUGAUAAAUUAAUUUCUGAUAUUUACAAUAUUCAAAUAGUUCUUGAUUAUUUGGAAAAUAAUUGUGGUGGUAAGGAAUUGCCAUGGAGGUCAAGUAAAGGUUGUCCAGGUCACAGAAAAAUGAAAAAAAAACAGUUGAACUGUGUAACUGUUGUAUCUGAUUUGCAAACAAUUGGUGAACAUGAAGUUAUGGAAAUCGUAGCCCAACCUUUAUUCAUAGCAGUGGAACAGUAACUUGUUUUAAUGGUAAAUUUAGUCGGCAAAGAAGUGUUAGGUCUUAAAUUUUUUUUUUUUUACUUAUAUAAUUCUUAAAAACUACAACUACAAAAUUAUUUUAUAAUUACUAUUAUUAUAAUCCUAACUAAAAUUACUAAUUAAUAAUAUUAUUUGAGACUUAUUUAUAACUGGUGCCUUUAAAUUAUUUAAUUAAUGUAUACUAAUUAGAACUUAAUAGUAAUUAAGAAUUACUAAUAUGUUAUAUAUAAACUUGCAAUAGUUUUGCCUUGCAUUUUUACUAUUUUUUGUACAAUCUAUUUAAUUAUGGUAUUAUAUUUUUCAUAUUUACUUAAAAAUAACUUAUAAGAUAUAUUUUUUUUAAAUGAAGGAAUUCUUUAAAUUUACAAUUAUAAUUAGCGGGGAAAAUGGUUUUAGUAAAAUCUAACCUAUUUUCAUUCAACCAUGUUGAUAUGUGAUUAUAAGAUUUUAUCAUUGAUUAAUGAUUAUGGAUUUUUAAAAAUAUAUUUGAUUGAUUUGUUGUCAAUAAUUAUUUGAGGCUUUCACUGGAGUAGUUAUCUACUCAUUGUUAAGUGGUAUUAAAUCAUUAAACUGCUUAAAAGUAUAAUUAAAUAAUAUUUAUAUAUUUUUGUAUUAACUAUUUUGAUUUUUGAUGGAUUAAAUUAUUUUAUUUAUAAAGUAAAGAAAAUUUAAAAUAGGUAGCUUUAAUUUGUCUGAUUCAAUUUAAUUGUUGUGAGCAUUUUAUUUUUGAUUAAUGAAAUAAAUCUUCAAGAAUGCUCUUUGAAUGAUUAUAUUGGCUGUAUUAGUGAUUUUAACUGAAUUAUAACAAAUAUAUCAAAAAAUAAUUAUAAAUGAUAUAAAAACCCCAAGAAUUAUAAGCAGUACUAAUAGCUUAUAAGUUUAAUGGUACCAGGCACAGAUCCAAGGGUAGUGGAUAUUGAUCUUUAGCCUCUCUUCUCCUUGUUUUAAAUUUUAUAUUACAUAUUUCUUUACAUGUUUAAUAAAUUGUUCAUACAUCUUACAUAUAUAUAUAUAUAUAUAUAAUUGUUAAUAUUGUUAUCAAAUUUAAUCUAUUAUGAUUUAUGUACUAAAAUAUUAUAAUUGUAUUUUUUUCAAAAAAAAACAGUACAUAAGUCCAUACAUAGUAUAAUAAAUUAUACGACAUUAAAAUAAAAAAAUAAUUUUAUUUAUUCUGCUAUGUAUAUACAAUCAAUUAUUAAUGAAGUUUAUUAUAAAUGUAUACAUUUUAAUAUUAACUUAAACUAUAUUUUUGAAUGAAUAUAAUAAUAUAUAUAUUAUAUGGAUUUUAGAUUUCAAACAAAGUUUUUGUAAAAUUAUUUAUUUUUCUCAUAUUAUCUAUAAUAUUAUUUAUUGUAACACAUAGUCUGAAUCUUAAUGUUGUAGCUCAACUUAAUUUUAGUUUUAUUGUAAAUCUAAUUGUUUUGAUUUUAAGAUGUAAGUACAAUCAUAUAGUUAGUUAAGUUCAUUGUUUAUUAAAGUGAUUAACUGGUAUAUAUUUCUAAGCGUUGAAUACUGUUUUAAAACUUUUUAUUUAAAAUAUUUUAAAUAUAGAUGUUUGAUGUUUAUAAAAGAA